AUGUACAAAUUUAUUGUAUCCAGGUCAUUAUUAGCUCAAUAUGUUUGCUCAAAAAAAUCAAAUAAUCUACAGGUAUUUGAACUAAUAUCCCGGUGCUUGUCAUCAUCAUCAUCACUAUCAUCUUCAUCCUCAUCAUCAUUGGUGGCGAAAAAACAAAAAUUAGUUCAAUUCAAGGGUCCAAUGGCACCGGUAUUCACACCGUUCGAUAGCCAAGGGUUUUCUGAGAUCGAUGUCAAACAAAUCGAUGGUUAUAUCAAGUAUUUAGUUGAUAAUGAAGUUCGCGGUAUAUAUUUGAUGGGAACUACUGGUGAGGGCUAUAGUUUGACUAACGAUGAACGGCUAGCCCUGAGCACUGCCUGGUCUCAGGCGAUCAAUGCCUCCAAGGGUGUCGAUCUCCUUAGUGUUGUCAACGUUAGCUCCCUGUGCGUCAAAGAGGCCAUACAAUUGGCCAAACAUUCGGAAGCUAUCGGUACGGAUGCUAUAGCAUUAUUGCCGCCCAGUUAUUACAAACCUAACAGUGUUGGUCAACUGUUAGACUAUAUGAAACUGAUAGCCCAGGCGGCGCCCAAUACACCGCUUAUCUACUAUAAUAUACCGCCAAAAACUGGUCAACUUAAUUUGAACUUAAUUGUGGCCAUUGUUGAGGGCGUCAAACAAAUACCGCAAUUGACGGCAAUAAAAUAUUCCGAUGAAAACAUUAUUACAUUGCAAUUACUUCAGCAACAACUCAGCGGACAGUUGUUUAAAAUAUUUCUCGGUUUCGAUGAGUCUGUMCUACGGGUGCUGACUGGCCUACGAGGGUUUGAUGCGGCYAUAGCCCAGUCGUUUAAUUUGUCGGGUAUUCCGCAAACGUUUAACCGAUUUUUGAAAUUUGUUGAACAGUCCGAUAUGGUUGGUGCCAGUCGUGAGAAACAACUAAUUUUGGACGAGUUUUUAAAACAUAAGUCAACCGGUAAUAUGAUAUUAUCGCAGAAACUGGCACUGAAUGCCAGUGCCCGGCGCUGGUCGUUCAAUGUCGGACAUCCGCGUCCGCCCAAUAGUUUUCAUUAUGAUUUCAGACAUUUAUAA